CGCUACCCAUACACGUCCAUUCGGAAUAUCUCGGAUGAACCGGAAGUUAGUAGCCGGUGCGAUAUUUUGCGAAAAUUAAGAAGAAUGUUACAAAACGUCGUGAAAAAGCUAUGCCAGGUAACAAUUUGCAGACAGAUGUUAUCAAGGCAUAUUCAUAUAUCAGGUUGUGUCCAUAGACCUUAUUAUGUUCCUAUUGUUGUUGAGCAGACACGGACUGGGGAGCGGUCUUAUGAUAUCUACUCCAGACUUUUAAAAGAAAGAAUCAUCAUGGUUAUGGGACAAAUAUCUGAUGAGAUUGCUAGUGCUGUCAUUGCACAGAUGUUGUUCUUACAGUCAGAGAGUGCCAGUAAACCUAUAAAUAUGUAUAUCAAUAGUCCUGGUGGUGUGGUAACAGCAGGUCUUGCCAUAUACGACACAAUGCAAUACAUUCAACCACCAGUAUCCACAUGGUGUGUUGGUCAAGCUGCAAGUAUGGGCUCAUUGUUACUAGCUGCAGGUACACCAGGGAUGCGAAACUCUUUGCCAAAUUCACGGGUCAUGGUACACCAAGUUCUAGGAAGUGCUGAGGGUCAAGCUACAGAUAUACAGAUAAGGGCGCGGGAGAUACUGCGUAUUAAAACAAGAUUAAACAACAUUUAUGCCAAACAUACAGGAAAACCUGUAGAUCUUAUAGAGACUACAAUGGAAAGAGAUACAUUUAUGUCUCCCGAAGAAGCGAAAGAUUUUGGAAUUAUAGAUAAUGUACUAGACAAACCACCAGUUUUAGAUGAUAAAAAGAAAUAGUGUCACAGUAAUUGUGUGUAGACAACGUGUUUUAUUUUUAGCUCACCUGUCACUUUGUGACAGGGUGAGCUUUUGUGAUCACUUUUCGUCCGGCGUCCGUCCGUCCGGCGUCCUUAAACUUUUACUUUAAAUGACAUCUCCUCAUAAACCACUAAGCCAAUUUCAACCAAACUUCACAGGAAUGUUCCUUUGGUGGUCACCUUUGAAAAUUGUUCAAAGAAUUUAAUUCCAUGCAGAACUCUGGUUGCCAUGGCAACCGAAAGAAAAAACUUUAAAUAUCUUCUUUUAAAAAACCCAAAGAGCUAGAGCUUAGAUAUUUGGCAUGAAACAUCUUCUAUUGAGUGUCUAUCAAGUUUGGUUAAAUAAAAGCCCUGGGGUCAAAAUUGGCCCUGCCCCAGGGGGUCAUUGAUUUUCCCUAUAUGUAUAUAGUAAAAACUUAAAAAAUCUUCUUUUAAAAAACCCAAAGAGCUAGAGCUUAGAUAUUUGGCACGAAACAUCUUCUAUUGAGUGUCUAUCAAGUUUGUUCAAAUAAAAGCCCUGGGGUCAAAAUUGGCCCCGCCCCAGGGGGUCAUUGAUUUUCCCUAUAUGCAUAUAGUAAAAACUUAAAAAAUCUUCUUUUAAAAAUCCAAAGAGCUAGAGCUUAGAUAUUUGGCAUGAAACAUCUUCUAUUGAGUGUCUAUCAAGUUUGUUCAAAUAAAAGCCCUGGGGUCAAAAUUGGCCCCGCCCCAGGGGGUCAUUGAUUUUCCCUUUAUGCAUAUAGUAAAAACUUAAAAAAUCUUCUUUUAAAAAAACCCAAAGAGCUAGAGCUAAGAUAUUUAGCAUGAAACAUGUUCUAAUAAAUGUUUACCAAGUUUGUUCAAAUAAAAGCCCUGGGGUCAAAAUUGGCCCCGCCCCGGGGGUCAUUGAUUUUCCUUCUAUGCAUAUAGUAAAAACUUAAACAAUCUUCUAUUAAAGAACUCGAAGAGCUAGAGCUAAGAUAUUUAGCAUGAAACAUGUUCUAAUGGGUGUCUACCAAGUUUGUUAAAAUAAAAGCCCUGGGGUCAAAAUUGGCCCCGCCCCGGGGGUCAUUGAUUUUCCUUAUAUAUGUAUAGCAAAAA